UUCACUUAAUCAAUCAAAUUACUUUUAUGUAAUUUUUACCAAACAUUUAGAUAGCAGAGGGCAUUUUCUUUCAACUAUAAGAUAUGAGAUGAGAUGAGAUAUAAUCAUAAAUACAAGUUCAGUGUGGAUUACUUCCAACAUUAAGAAGAACCAUAAUCUAGCAAACAAGGUAUCCAUCCACAUAUUAGCAUAGCCAUGAAGUCCACCCUUGUUGUGUUCCUACUAUUCUCUCUUCUCCUUGUUGCUAACUUGAGCUUUGCUAGAAAAGACCCUGGAGAAUAUUGGAAGAAUAUGAUGAAAGGUGAAGCUAUGCCAGAAGCAAUUAAGGAACUUAUUCAAGAUCCACAAGCAAUAUAUGCAGGGAAGGAUGGUUUUAUGAGGGACUUUGAUGUAAAGCCUAAUGCCAUAUUAUAUCACACUCAUGUUAUGUCCAUGGAGCAAACUAGAAGAUGCUAAUAUUGUUGAAGUUGAACAAAUUAUAAUAAAGGAUUGAAGCUCCCAUACAUAUUUACAUAAAUAUAUUUAUACACAAAUAUGACCCUUUAGAGAUCAUGAAUGAAUGUAUUAUGUAUAGUUAUAUUAUGUUGAGGUAGUGAUUUAGCAUUUUAUGGCUUAUUUUGCAGGAUAUUAAGCUAUUGAUAUUUCAGGAUUAUCUAUUGUUAAGCUUUAGAUAUAGGUAUAUCUUUUGCUCAAAAAAUAAAAGAAACUAUAGGUAUAUUUUAAUCUU